AUGUGCCUUCUGGACCAGACCGCGCGCAAAACCUGGUUACAGGACAUGUCUGAAGAAUGUGCCAUCUGUAAUCGGAAUGCUAUGGAAUCAUGGUUACAGGACAUGUCCAAGGAAUGUGCCUUCUGUAAUCAGACUGCUAUGAAAUCCUGGUUACAGGACAUGUCUGAAGAAUGUGCCAUCUGUAAUCGGAAUUCUAUGAAAUCAUGGUUACAGGACAUGUCCGAAAAACGUGCCUUCUGUAAUCAGAAUGCUAUGGAAUCAUGGUUACAGGACAUGUCUGAAGAAUGUGCCAUCUGUAAUCAGAAUGCUAUGGAAUCAUGGUUACAGGACAUGUCUGAAGAAUGUGCCAUCUGUAAUCAGAAUGCUAUGGAAUCAUGGUUACAGGACAUGUCCAAGGAAUGUGCCAUCUGUAAUCAGAAUGCUAUGAAAUCCUGGUUACAGGACAUGUCUGAAGAAUGUGCCAUCUGUAAUCAGAAUGCUAUGGAAUCAUGGUUACAGGACAUGUCCAAAAAAGUGCCUUCAGUAAUCAGAAUGCUAUGGAAUCAUGGUUACAGGACAUGUCCGAAGAACGUGCCAUCUGCAAUCAGAAUGCUAUGAAAUCAUGGUUACAGGACAUGUCCAAGGAAUGUGCCUUCUGUAAUCAGAA